UUCGGUUCAGUGUACGGUUUGGCAUCGAGCCCGAAGGACACGCACAAAGGAUACGCUGUUACGGUAGCCGGCAAUCUCAUAGCCAAGCGUGUCAAUGCCACCUGCGUUUGUCAGGUGGCCAGUGUAGAACGAUCCUGACGCUCCAGCCAGACCAUUGCGAACAUCCAUUCCAGCGAAAAGAGCUCACUCGCGCAUGUCAUCCGAUUGAGUGGUUAAUGGCUUAAGACAAAACCCGACCGGUUGUUAGGCCAAACCGCUCAAUGUACGAAUGCACCAUCCCACGAGAGAGUUAAAGAAGCAUGAAAAGUAGUCCCGUUUCACGCUAAUCCCACCCGAUGUGCCGGGAGACAAAUGCGACAGCUUAAGAUCAUCGAACAACAUUGUGCCAGCAACAGUGAAAGCGUACGGAAAUGUAUGCAAACGGUCGAUAUGCGCCUGUGUGUAUGUGUGUGUUAACACGGUGUGGUAAAACGUGAUCGUUCUAAGAAAAACUUUCGGUACAGGUUUUUUUCGGGUCGCAUUGAGAAAAUCGUGAAGCAAAGCAUAAAAGGCAAUCUUCGAUUGUGCAGCAGGAAAACUCGUGACCCGCCGUGCGUUAAAUGUUCCGGAAAAUCUAGUGUGUUUGUGUGAGAGUGUGAGUGCUGUUUGUUCCUUUUCUUCUUCCAUUUGAUUUGCUUUCUUCGGUUCAAGUUCCGAUCGGGAAGUUUGUGAAUGUGAAAGAUUCCCAAUCCACUGAGCUGGUUUCCGUUUUAUGCUCGCUGGCGCAUUCCCCCCGCCGGGGGAUUAGUGGGUACGUGUGUGCAUGUGUGGUAAGUGGCAGGGCGUGGCGCUGGUGAUGGUGGUGGAAGUGGAGAAAAUGUGUGCUCUUAGCUGGCAACCGUGUUCCGGCAGGCCUAAUGGAGGGAACAGUGUGAAAAAUCGCCGUGAGUGAAAAGUGUUGUUUAUUUUAUUCAAAUCUACACCCGGAAACGGGCAAAACCGGGUAAAAGCGGGUAGAAUCUAUCGGGAUGGCACCGGAAGCUUUCCGCCCCGUGCCCGUGCUGUGUUGCGGUGUGUUUGUGCGCUUACUUUUCCUUUCGAGCGCGUAACAGUGCCGGCGAAGGAUUUAAAUCGUGACGCGAUCGUUUAAAGUGUAAAAGCGCCCACCCAACCCACCAUCCAGCCCACCAUUUUCCGGGUUUCCGAUUUCCAACGAAGUGGUGCCGGUAAGGUAAAAGCACCUUACUACCUUCGCCGAAUCAAGAGUCGUUUUUCAAGGAAGCACCAGCGGUCGGGUUAAACGUUCGAACCGUGGUUUGUUGUGCUGGGAAAAGCGGGGGGAGAGGGUCGAUUCGUGGGGGGUGGAGAAAGCAAAAUAAAAACUCUUGUACGCUGAAUGUAAAAUCGGUUUUUACGGGUAGAAUUGAACGUGUCAGAGCGCAGGAGUCGAUUCGAUGCUUUUACGCCGGCCGCCGACAAUGGAGACGGUUUGCAUGCAAAUUGUGUUCGUGCUGCUGCUGUUGAUAGUUCACCGGCUGGAUGGUUCGCUUUCACCGGCGCUGCAAGAUCUAAAUCAGUCGCAGCAGCUCCCGGUCGACCUAGAGCCCGAGUUCGAGGGCACGAUCCAGAACAUCUCGUCCCCGACCGGCCGGGAAGCGAUCCUGACCUGCUCGGUCAAGAACCUCGGCCGCUACAAGGUCGGCUGGUUGCGGGCGUCCGACCAAACCGUGCUAGCGCUGCAGGGCCGCGUCGUCACGCAGAACUCACGCAUCAGCGUGGUCCACGAGGACUUUCGCACGUGGCGAUUGCGAAUUCGACAGUUGCGUGAAACGGACCGGGGCUGCUACAUGUGUCAGAUCAACGCCAGCCCGAUGAAGAAGCAGAUCGGUUGCAUAGACGUGCAAGUUCCGCCCGAUAUUGUCAACGACGAAUCAUCGGCGGACAUUGCCGUGCAGGAAGGGGAAGAUGCAACGAUCGUCUGCAAAGCCACUGGACAUCCAACGCCCCGCGUCACCUGGAAGCGAGAGGAUGGCGAGUACAUGCUGCUUCGAAAGCCCCAGAGUCGCGAACUGAUACGAGUGGAAGCAUACAACGGUACCCAUCUACAUCUGCCCAAGCUGGAGAGAAGACAAAUGGGCGCGUAUCUGUGCAUCGCGUCGAACGAUGUUCCACCUGCCGUUAGCAAACGUGUAUCGCUCAGCGUUCACUUUGCACCAUCGGUACGGCCAACGAGUCAGCUGCUGGGCGCCCCGCUCGGUUCGGACGUGCAGCUCGAAUGCACCGUGGAAGCAUCCCCGAUGCCCGUGUCCUACUGGUUGAAAGGAGGUCGGGUUCUGCCGAACAGCUUUGCCAGCGCGUCGAAUGGCAAUUUCGCUGAGCAACCGGGUCUAAGCCGACCGGAAAUGCUGCUCGACGGGCCCAAGUACGGCAUCACCGAAGAUCGGCACGGGUUUCGCACCAAUAUGCGCCUGGUAGUGCGAUCAUUUUCGCCAGGAGACGUAGGAACGUACCACUGUGUCAGCACAAACUCGCUUGGUCGGGCCGAUGGCACCAUGAGACUGUACGAAAUAAAAAUUCAUCCGGGCGGUGUGCAAACAACGGACGAUCAAUUAAAUAUAAUUGGAGGUCUAGCGGAAGCAGCUCGAGGGCGAGGAAAUUCAGCCAUCAGCUCGCUACACCCCAAUCGGACGCAUCACUGUCUCCCGAUGGUGUUGCUGCUGAUUGUAUCGCUGGCGCUCGGUACGAUACGAACGGUCAUUUCCGCCAGCAGCGAUAGCAACAGCCAGCAAGGGAGGACCGGUAACAGAUGACACCGUUUCGACAUAUCCGGUGCGUGAUAUCGAAUUGGUCGAAGCUGUUGACCGCCAUCCGCUCGCAUCAGCGCAGUCCAUCGUGGUGGGGACGUUCGCGGGCCGUGAACAGAGGAAGCGUGAGAAAAUGACAGUUUCAUCGCCAGUCACACAAACCGAGCAUGGCCGGAGCACAAUGGCACCCGGGACGCUCACCGGUGUGGGUAACGAUUAGGUUUUAUUGAACUUUACUCACACGACAACAAUAAUGUCUUGCCGUAGGGAACGCAGGGACGCGAGACCGACAGGGCGAAAAGGAAGGAGCGGUAAGAUGAGAAGCUUUUCAUUUCUUACACACCGUAAGUGAUUAUUGCAUAGAAAGCGGAGAGUUUUACGGAGGAACCACUUACCAACUAAAACUGAACUAGAGUAAGCUGAAAGGAGGUAGGGAUGCUCCAAAAUGUGUAAAAAAUGUUAAAGCAUUUUUCCUUGUGCAUGAAGAAUAAGUUUGCCCCUUCUGCACAAAAAAUGUUUCCUUGGUUUUUCUCGGUUUAAAAGUCGGCAUCAUUCGGAAAAAAUCUUGCUUAGUGCAAAAUAAACAAAAUAAACAUUAGUUACCGUACCGAUAUGGUGCAAACAAACUUUCAAGGCCAGCAGCAGCAACAGUUGUGCACAUUCGCCAUACCUUCCAACGAUGGCGAAAGGAAUAGUUUUCGUACUAACUCAGUACCCUGCACCGGCAAGUUCGAUUUCUUGCGCAUGUUUUAUGCAGUACUGGGCGCCUUCAUCACCCGUCUGCCUUUCACAACUGGGCGCCUCCAUCGUCUGUCUUCCGUCAACAACUAGGCGCCUCCAUCGCCCGUUCAUGGUCAGCAACUGGGCGCCUCCAUCGACCUGACUGAGAGUUCAGUUCUUUGAAAUUUCAUUCACCUGUUCCUGCCCAGACCCGGGCGUAAGAUGAAUGGAAAAGUUUUUGAAUGAUGUUUAACUGUGAAUCAAAUUUAAUUGCCAUGUGCAUCCGCAUAAAGCUACCGUUAAACCGUGUAACUUAUCGGAUCCUUCUGCACUUUCCUGACGGUUUCCGUCGGAGUUUCGAGCGCCUGGCAGCAAAAGGUGCCAUUUGAACGAUCGAUCUUGGAACUUAUUUCUUUUGCUUUUCACCUCAUGUGCUACCAGUGCGUUAUGAUUCGAGUUGGGAGACGGGUCGUGUUAAGAGGAAGCAUGUUUCCUUCCUUGCGAGUUGUAACUCGAUGACAUUUUCGCAGCAACAGAGUUUCGAUGAUGUUUGAAAGGAUUUUGUAGAUGCCAAGAAAUAGUACCGAACGACUGGUGCAUGCAAUAAAAUCAAAACAAAGGAAAGGCUUUUUGUUAAAUUGAACUUGAAGAAAAUAUAUCAAAUUCUCCGUGCAAAAAUAAAAGCUUCUGCUUCACGUUUACCUCCUGUUCAGCUCACACUCCUUACCCAUUCUCGUUUCAAAAUAAACGGAAACGCAAUAUAAAUAAAAGAGAGGGAAAGCGAGAGAGAGAGAGAAAAAAAACAAUGUUAAAACGAAUGAUGCAAAACUUCCAAUACAAUAACGAUAAGCGAUCGAUCCAGGCACGAUCGACACACGAAAGAUCAUAACUUUCCCUUCCAUAAAGACUCGGGACACAAUGCAUUACAACCGUGACGGUGGAACGUUGUAAAUAGCUAGCGAUAAUUAAUUCCACCAGAUCAUCCAUGCAGCAACAACACACGCACACACCACUUAGCCGUUGGACAAUCUCGGCCUGAUGUGUAUCUUUUAAUGCCAAACACGAUGCUUUUGCCCAGCGUUCACCUUCUUUCUCUUUCGCUGAGUUAUGUUUGUCCCAUAUUAAACGUACUCCAUACACCAGACAAUUUGCAUAGCGAACGUUUGUUUUUCAUAAAUAUUCGCCUUUUGACUCAACGAUGCGGGGGCUUUGCCUUUGUGCACGUUAAGGCUACCACAGCAGCUAUAACGUGAUUCAUCUGGUCAUACAAAUAUUCCAUGCGGUGUGUGACACUCUGUUGGUAAGCAAGAAACCGCGGAUGAGCAACAAAUUAUUGCGAAGAAAAUGUAGGGGAAAGCGGACAAAAAAGGUCAUCGAAAGCACUCAUAAACCCCUCUUAACCGUCACUAUCGAUGGGAAGAGUAUUUGAAAAACUUUAAUAAAAACCCCGCCCAGCAGAAAACAAGGCCACAACAAUCGACGAGACAAAACAGACCAGGGCAAAUGCAACAACCGAAAAACAUGGAACAACAUGACAACGGAAAUGAAAACUCACAAAAAAAAAUGGAACAUGAAACACGAACCACCCAGCGGGAUGGGAUUGGAUUGGUUGGCACAUAAUUUAUGACUGAAUUUCAUUCGAAGGGCGAGUAAUUAAUUAUGAAAAUUAAUGAUAGCUCCCUCCCAUCGAGCCACCGUUUUCCGUCCUUCGCGGUACGAUCGUGAUUACCCGCGUUUGCCUGCAACAAGCGAACUCGAUACUGAUUUCGGGUUCCGUCUUCAAAGCUCCAUUUUGCUGAGCGGUUAUCAUGCUUUUGCUCUUGUACAUUCCUUGUUCUUGCUUUUCUACCAUAUUGUGCAUCUUGUGUAUGAGUCUCCAGCAAAUAAAAAAAACACUUGUGAAGGACUUUUUCCCGAUUUUGUUUGUUAUAUUUUCUACUCGAACCUCGUCCGUGUGUUGAGGGCACUGUGAGGAUUUUAAUUUUCCCCGCAGUCGCAGGAUGAAUUGUACCGAAGUGUAGCAUUUCAUAACCAAUUUGCAACUCGUGCUCGGUGUAUGAUUACUUUAUGAGUUGCACUUUUUAAUCAGUCGCAUUUUCGUUUGAUGAGCUACAAAGUGAAGCUCAUUACCGAAUGGUUGGCUUAUAAGCGUGCAGCGCGGUGGUGAGUAAGGGCAAAUUAAUUUUACGAGAUGUAUCGCUUUACUCGUUUCAUUUUAGGUUGUUUAUUUAAAGCUUUAUUUUUUUCUCCUCAGCGUGUUUUGCGCAGGGGCUCAUUUUAUAAAUUUUAUCACUAGUUUAUUGUGCAUUAAAACAACUCUUCUCCAACGGCAAAGCAUCGUGUUCAACAACUUGUACCAUAUCGAUAGCCUAUCAAUAACUUCCACACACACACAUUCACACUCACAUGCCCGUAACAGCUUGUUUUUAGGCUUUAAUGUUCACUAACACUAGUGUAUGUAGGAGGGACAGCAGUGUACUGUGGAAGCUUCGUUUCCGUUUGCCGGUCGCUGCAGGCACAAAGCAAAGAGAGAGAAAACUAUGAAUCGAAUUGAGCAAAGCUAUACAAGCUUACGAAGCGAAUGCAAAGCCAGACUACAUAAAUAAUCAAUGUGAAACCGAUGCUAUAAAAACAAAACAAAAACGAAAAAAAAUUACACACAUACAAACACAACCGACACACAGAAUGAGUGAGUACAUAAAAUGAUUAAUUAUAAAGCAAACAAGAAGGCAGAUGAUGAUAAAUGAUGAAAGAAGAAGUAUAAUAAAAGGAGAAUAAACAAACAAACAAAUAAGCUGAGCAAACAAACGAAAACAAAAUACAAUAAAAGUAGGAAGAGGAAAAAGAAGAAGAGAACAAGAGAAAUCUGUAAAGUGAUUGCAACAAGAAACAAAAGAAAGAUAGGAAAUUAAAACAAUUGUAAGCAAAGAAAAACAAAAACAACCACUACACAUAAUCAUAAAGCCAAAAUGGAGACAAACACAAAACGUAUCAAAACGCUGCCGUACAUUCAUCUCGAUAUUCGAUAUAGAAGUUCUCAAAGGCCCGCCCUGUAAAUAUGUGCGUUAUAAAGGUGUUACAAAGCUCCCCCCCACCAUCCUUCCAUCCUCAUUCCUUCCUACCAACCUAACCCCUGAAGCUAGACAACCAGAGAGCCUGAGUGAAUAAAACGAAGAAAAAAUGAGAGUGACGAAGUAACUGUUCCAAUACAUCAGACGAUCAGAGAAAUAAAGAACAGUAACCAAAACAUCCCAAAACCA